GACUUUUUUCGUGCGUGGAGAGCGUUCGGCCGGAGUUGGGGUUGCGGCGGGGACACCGAAGGAAGCCUACUCUUUCGCCGCCGUGGUUAUGGGGCUGCUGUCAAUCAUACCGCGCUGCUUAAUUUCUCAGAUUGAAUUAUGGGGUGUGAAAGAUGCGGGGACCCUUAAUGAAAUUAACAAGGCCCACCCCGACUCCUCCCAGUCUUAGCCCAAUCACGCCUCCGUUAGCCUUCUACAAACAGUAGAUAAAGGGGCGGGCCUUUAGCGAGACGCUCUGUCAUUCAAACAACGGCUUAGUCGUCCUGAAUGGAAGUUGCCCCCUGACGCGGAAUCCCCUCUGCCUAGUCUCACAUAGGAGUGAGCCCACUGAGCAGUAGGUGUUCUUCACAUGCUCAGAGACACUGAGGUCUUUGUUGUUGUCCUAUUCCCUGGCACUUAGAACACGCUCCAGAAAAGAUGAAACGGAUCACGUUCAAAUUAUUAUUAAGGAGCAUAAAUACGGUGAAGGGCUGCUUAAAAAUCAGUCCAAUUUAUUUAUAUGUCCAGUAUAACUCCUCCUCUUCACCAUCAUAAGCACAUCAUAAAGAAAACAAAUAGCCAUAAAAAAAUAGUCGUAAGGACAUGAGCCUAGCAGUGGGAGAGGGAUUUGGAACCCAGAUUUUUCACGUUCUGUUUCCGGCGUGUUAUUCUUAAAAGCUGUAUGCAAGCCAAUGCCAUUUAACUUUAGGAAUUACAUAUUGUAAAUUGUUAUGAAACGGCCCACCCCACCCUAUGUAGUCGAUCGUCUUAAAACUCCUCCUCGGUCAGGCACGAUUACAGAAUUAAACAAGUCAGCUCCUGCCAAAUUAGUUGUUGGAGCCGAAACAAUUCGACUCACACAGAACUGAAUCGAUACCUAAUCUGGAUGCAGUUUGGCCCUGAAUCUACAAAACCUUCUUCAUUCUCCCGCUACCGAAAAAUUAAGAAUGGAAGGGCAUUUGAGAACCAACUAACCACUUUGUAGAGGUUUUAUAGACAAUGCAUUAAGCUUGGCUCGCCAAAUGACUGCCGAAAUCCGCAUGUUUGCAGUAAAGGAUGAGCAACAAAGAAGACCCGAGCAAGUGUUGUCCCGCCGCAGCUCCGAUCUCCAGUUUUACCAUCCAGUCCAUCCUAGGCAGCAGCACCACCUCGGAAGGAGGCAGGGAGCCCAGCUCCAAGCAGGCAGCCUCAGCCUGGCCGAGCAGGAAAAGGAGCCUGUCCGUAUCCUCCGAAGAAGAGGAGCCGGAGGACAACUGGAAACAUCCCGCUUGCUUCUGCCCCGACUCGCAUGGUCCUAAAGAAACGUGUCACAAACACCAACCCAUCAGUUUCACGUGUCUCAGCAAUCCGAAGGGGGCCGGGGCGGCGAUCAGCUCGGAGAGGAGGACUCCACCUUUUCUUUCCCAAUCGCCACCAGACUUUAAGGAAGAGAAAGAGAAGCACUUCCCCCCGAAUUCCCCGGCCUCGUCGGACCGACAAAGGGACGGCGCGGACAGGCAGGCGAGUUCGGCCAAAAAGAAGACGCGCACCGUUUUCUCCAGGAGCCAAGUCUACCAGCUCGAGUCGACCUUCGACAUGAAGCGCUACCUGAGCAGCUCCGAAAGGGCCUGCCUGGCCUCCAGCUUGCAGCUAACAGAGACCCAGGUGAAAACCUGGUUCCAGAACCGCAGGAACAAAUGGAAAAGGCAACUCUCGGCGGAACUGGAGGCUGCCAAUAUGGCCCACGCCUCAGCCCAGACUCUGGUGGGGAUGCCCCUGGUGUUCAGGGAAAACCCCCUGCUCAGAAUGCCAGUCGCCAGAUCUCUCUCUUUCCCAACUCCCAUUUACUACCCAGGCAGCAAUUUGUCAGCCUUGCCUCUUUAUGGGCUCUACAACAAGAUCGACUACUGAACUGACUCGGGGAAACAGACGAGCCACGGCUGAGGACACUCGGCUCUCGCUGUACAGCCGCCCUGACCUUUUCUUAACCCGCGUCUGUUAUUCAUAGGAAAGGAGAAACGCGCUUCUUGCAUUCUUCAGAAAUACACCAUGUGUAUUGGUUAUUUUUUAUGAUUAUUUAUGGGAACCCUCUCUCUAGAUUGGUUGAUUUGUUUUGCUUUUAUUUUCUAGGCUGCCAUAUAGAUGUGUCAUUCUCCCCCCUCCACGCCCGCCCCCCCCCCGCACCUUGUUUGGUCUCCAUUUUCCCCAGACAGAACUAACUCUGUGACUUUCAACCGAAUUAAAAACAAACAAACACCUUAACUACUAUUUAAAGAUCCUCGCGGCUCUGUCAACACGUGCAGGUAGGAAAUGCCCCAGGGUGCUCGAGUAGUCGGCCAUCUCACUCGCCCUCUCCACCGUUAUUCUAUUUGGCCCUGAGUAUAUCUGCGGGAAAUAAAUUUUAAAAUAAAGCGUAUUUCAGAUCUGUACAUAUUUUUAAAGAGAAUAAAGCAUUUUAAACAUCGUUGGUAA